UAUAUUGGUUAUAUUGCUUUUCUGACCUUAUCCAUGGAUCCCCAGGUGGUCAUCAGGGGGAUGCUAUACCUGUUUUUAGUGGUGGUGGGGGUCCCCGGGAAUCUGGCGGUGAUCUGGGCCUUCUGCCACAUCAUGCGCAGUGAACGCAAGCUCAUGCCGGCUGACGCCAUCGUUCUGCACCUCGCCGCCGUCAACCUGCUGGUGGCUGCGGUUCGCUGCUCCUUUGAGGCGCUGGCAGCUUUCGGCGUCUUGUAUGUCUUCAACAACACCGGCUGCAAGACCAUCAUCUUCAUCUACAGGACGUCCCGGUCCCUCUCCAUCUGGCUCACUUUCGUGCUGAGCACCUUUCAGUGCAUCAGCAUUGUCCCCCCCGGAUCCCGGGGGUACAGCAUCAAGUCGCACGCUCCUCGGUACCUGGGGGGUGUCUUCGUCUUCCUGUGGAUACUGAACUCUUGGCUGAGCUCCGCUGCCCUGGCCUUCGCCGUGAGCUCUGGCGACAACUCGACCCGCACGCAGUACGGUAUCAACAUAGAGUUCUGCAUUGUGAAUUUCCCCUCCAGCACGUGGAAGAAUGCCGUCGGGGCAGUGCAGGUGGCGAGAGACGCGGUGCCCAUAUUCCUCAUGGUGGCGGCCAGCCUCUUCAUCCUGCUCUUCCUGUACCGUCACAGCCAGCAGGUGAAGGGCCUCCGCAGUGCCAAACGGACACAGAAGGAGUCGGCAGAGUCCCGGGCGGCCAAGACAGUGGUGACCCUGGUGACAUUGUAUGUGCUCUUCUAUGGCAUUGACAAUGGCCUGUGGGUAUAUACACUGACCGUCACUCAGACCUUGAGCACCUCCCUCAUCUCUGACCUGCGGAUCUUCUUCGCCUCUCUGUAUGCGGCUGUCAGCCCCCUCGUCAUCAUCGCCUCCAACAAGAAGGUCAAGAGCCAGCUAGGGUGCAUGAAGACAGAGAAAGGCCCCGUCAGUGUAGACACCGUUCUCUCCACUGUUUGA